UAUAAGUCACAGCACAGAACGUUUAAAGGCUUCAUCUCAAAUUUUUCUGCUGUUGUCGGUUUUUUAGCAGAUAGUUCCAGGCAACCGUUUACGUCAGAAAGAAUGCUUGCAUGGAAGUUUUUCGUUGUGUCUCUGUUGGCUACCGCGACCAAUGCCAUCCCGCAACUGCUUUUCCCUACAUUAUGGUUAGGAGACUUUCGUCUUUAAAGCUCCGCCAACGGCUGACAUCACUGUUUCUCAACACCCUGACUCUCCGCUAAAUAUUCCAAUGAGCUUGAUCAUUGAUAG